AAAAACCACUUCUUUUUUAAAUGAUUUUGUGAAAUGAUUUCAUUAUUUAUUUAUCGAUCUGCGACAGUGAUCGUAACAUUCUGUAGCCGACUGUUUGGACAAAAACAAAUUGGAUUACAUCACCAUUCGAUUAUUACGUUCCAUUGAGGGCCCUGGAGUAAGCAGGCGGUCCCACACGAUCUACCCAACUCAUUGCAUGGUCUUCGCUCCAGCAUCCCGAUCCUUUUAAGAAUUGAUUCAAGGAACCGUUAAGAUAGUUCACCGUUAUUCAACUUUGUUUUACUACAUUUUAGUAUCCAACCUAUGUCCUGAAAUACUAUUUACAUCUACUAUCGUCUGCUAUUUUUGCCAGCAACAGUGGCGGCGAAGUGGCCAUACGAGGCAUAACAGUAACGUAGGCGAGAUCGGUUUGUCCAGUGCUACCCACUCGACCUUUGAACACUUUUAGAACAUCUUUUGCAACAUAGAAUCUCAAUUUCAGCAAAAAUACGUCGCAGUCGACCCAGGAACCAAACAAGUGGCUAUCGAUCUUGUAGAAACAUACAAAAGACAAGGAUCGAAGCAGCUUUUCUGAUCGGUAACGCACCUGCCUGAUAUUUACAAACAACAUCCACACUGCCCGCGGAAGCAGCCACGGCCAGGCUGCAUAUAUGGCCAAGCGUCGCCAAUGUCAAUCUGCUCUUCGUCAAUAUGAUCGUUGCUGCGGAUUCAACAAAUGUAUCCAGUGUCGGCGGCGAUGGAGACUACUUAGGCGGACUGGCUGGCGGCGGUAGUAAAAUGUUUGUCGGGGGUCUCUCGUGGUGUACAACGCGGCAUAGUCUAGCUGCGUACUUCGGACUCUUCGGAGACAUCGAGGAUUGUACAGUCGUCACAAACGAACAGGGACGUAGCCGAGGUUUCGGCUUCGUAACGUAUCGUGACCCAUGUAUCGCCUUUAUCGUCUGCCAAAGAGGUCCACAUUCUGUCGACAAUCGAGUGGUCGAUCCGAAACCGUGUGGACAAAACGGAAAUCACAUCAAGGUUCCCGGGAGGGUAAUGCGACCAUAUCCUAAAGUGUUCACUGGAGGACUUCCUGCUUCGCUAACAGAAAACGAGCUUGGGCAAUUUUUCAGGGAAAACUACGGCAACGUGCUGGAGGUGGUAAUCAUGUUUGACCAGGAAAGCCAACGCUCGCGCGGUUUUGGCUUUGUAACAUUUCAAGAGGAGCGCGUCGCCGACAAAGUUUGUAGGGAACAUUAUAUAUGUAUCAGGGGAAAGAAGGUGGAAUGCAAUCGUGCGCAGCCGCGCUUCUUGCCCACGUGCAGCUCAGCAGUUAUACAAUUACCGUUCGGUGCAAGUGGCAAUGGUGGUGGGCAAGAAGACAAAUCUCCGGAGAGCAACAGUUUAUCCGAUGACGGUCAAGCGGGCUGUGUUAAGCACGUCCCGGAUGAGCCGAGCGUACCAUCUACCUCGCCAUCGAAAUCGCUCUUCGGCUACGAUUAUGGAAUGGACCGUGCUGAAGGAGGAUCAAGAAGAUGCGCUUUCAUCGGACCUUUUCGACGCAUCACUUCGCAACAAAAAUAUGCGGCGUUCCCAUACCAGUCAAGCUUAACUUCCAAGGCAAAAGACUCCUUUUCGAAUGAAUCUAUUUUGUCGUUGGGGUCCGUAGCGGUAUCAACGGUAGUCGGCUCCAAGGUCGAUAAAGAUUUCUGCUGCUGGCGAGAGGUUAAAGAACAUAAAGAAGCAGGCCCCAGUUGGAAGGCUCCAGGAAAUCCGCUCCCGUCAAGCACACAGCCAUGCGCUCAGGAACUCAUUGAAUGACAGCUCACUCGCUAAAUGACGCAAUGGGCCUGCGGGAAAUUAUAGAUAUGUGUGUUCCGUGGAAAGUUCACUUGUCAGGGGGGCCGAUUCGUGUGUGCGACUGGAAAUAACAAAAUACAACUUGCAUUUAUGUCAAUUACGCAUACAAGUUGGGUAUGUAUGUUGACAUACGGGCGUCUGUGAAUAUAUAUAUAUAUAUAUAUUAUAUGCGUAAGAUAUGAAACACUGAAGAAAGCAAUUAAAGUGAUCUAAGCACAUGUCUAACUAUCGGAUAAAUAUAGCUGGUUGUCGCAUUACUCUGCCAAUUGUUUGUGUAUAAUUUAAAUGAAAUACGUUGGGUUUCGGUUAGACUUAAUUGUUGUUUUUAUUAACUAAAGCUAAAUAUGUAUAUAUACACAUUGGUAGCCAACAAUAUAGAAAUAGAAAAAUUUCAUAUUCUAAUUUCUUUCACAUCAGCGCCUAAUGGUGAUGAUUUGAACAGCUUUUUGAAUCCCAAAAAGCUAGAAUUAAGUGAACACGACAGAGCUAUAGAAAAUCUUCAACAGACUAUAGCAUGUACUCCUGUCAUUGUGGAAGUACCUCAAUAAAUGAUUAUGCUGUAAAAGCUGAACAUGUUAUCGUCUGAGAAAUGAACUUUUCAACUAGCGACAAUGAAAAUGUGGUGCUAAACACAACAAAAAUGACACUUUGGCAAACUAGCCGAACGGUGCGAUUAAAGCUAGCCUAAUAUAUCGAAAACCGUAGUGUACGGUCGAAUGUAGCUCUGAACGCCUUGCGCAUUGAUCCUCCAACGGUAGUGACUAUAUUCGGUUAAAUUCUAGAUAUUCAUUCAAGCAGAAUUUCAUAUGACAGUGGCUUAUGGAGAAGUUUGCAAAAAAAAAAAAACAUUUUAUCUUAUCGAGAAGGUAGUAAAAAGAAGGAAAAAAAAGUCAGCCGUUCGCAGCAAGAUUCUAAGUAGCUAUGUUGUAGUAAUAGAGAUAGCUUUUCUCUCUAUAGUAAUUGUCCUUUAAAAGAGCAAGCGUUUUGUAAUAGUUUCCUGUUGUAAGUAAUUCUAGCAUGGUUGUCUUUAACUAACAUGGUAACUAACAUCUUAACAUGGUUGUCUGUAACUAACUAGAAUCUGACUCGGUAGAGUAAAACGUUCUCAAACGCCUUUCGAUACAUGGUUUCGACAUACCGCCAACGCUGACAUCGUACUGCACAUCAUAACAACUCAUUAACGGAAUGUCUAGCCAUUAUUGCAUCGGGUCAGUCGUAUCUCCACUGCGAAGUGUUAUAUUUUCUCCUACGGCUGGCAGUGAAGAGUAAGUACCCUUUCAUCUGGAAGAUGCUGCUACAACGUCACAACUAUGCUGGCUUAAAAUUGAGCACGCAUCACCUGUCUACAUACCAAUAAUUAUGAGCAAUCCUUGUCGCCUAAAAAACCAUACUUCCAUCCGCAAAUUUGCAACGC